UUGUUUAUUUUUACCAAACAACGCCUUAAUAGAACUAUAGACUAAAAAACGUACAAUCACUAAGGUCCAAGACUCACUUAAAAACUCCUUCCCUGAGCUGGCCAGUGCCACCACUUCCCGGAGAUCCGAUCAACAAACUACCACUCCGCCACCAACACUCGCCGCAACAAUGACGGAAUUCCUAGAAUUAGAAACACAAGACGCCGUUAGGAUGCCGUGGAACGUAUUGCCGGGAAGCAAAUCGGAGGCCGCGCAAUGCGUAAUUCCUGUUUCCGCAAUAUACACACCGUUAAAACCCUUCCCUAACACUCCUACUCUUCCUUACGCACCACUCCGUUGCCGCAAUUGCCGAUCGGUUCUCAAUCCUUUCUCCAUCGUUGAUUUCUCGUCUACUAAGAUCUGGAUCUGCUGUUUUUGUCUUCAGCGUAAUCACUUUCCUCCGAGUUAUCAGUCUAUAUCGGAGACUAAUAUGCCGGCUGAGUUGUUCCCGCAGUAUACUACCAUUGAGUACGAGAGUCCUUCGGAAAAAGCUUCGAUGACGAACCCGGUUUUUCUUUUCGUGAUCGAUACUUGUGUUAUUGAAGAGGAGAUUGGUUACCUGAAAUCAUCUUUGCUACAGGUAGUGGGCACAUUGCCUGAGAAUUGUUUAAUUGGCCUAAUCACAUUUGGGACCUACGUGCAUGUUCAUGAGCUAGGGUUUGGUCAGAUUCCAAAGGUUUAUGUGUUCAAGGGGUCAAAGGAAGUUUCUAAAGAUCAAGUGUUGGAGCAAAUGGGCUUCUUUGCAAAUAAGCUUAAACCAACCACAGGUGUCAUUGCUGGGGUUAGAGAUGGACUUUCUCAAGAGAGUAUUUCUCGGUUUUUGUUGCCUGCAUCUGAGUGCGAGUUUACACUUAACUUGAUAUUAGAAGAGCUUCAAAGAGAUCCUUGGCCCGUGCCAGCAGAUCAUCGAGCUGCACGGUGCACUGGUACAGCAUUGAGUGUUGCUUCUCAUUUGUUGGGUAUAUGUGUUCCAGGUUCUGGGGCCAGAAUUAUGGCAUUCUUAGGUGGGCCCUCAACAGAAGGGCCAGGUGCUAUUGUGUCGAAGAUUUUGUCUGAGCCCAUAAGGUCUCACAAGGAUCUGGACAAAGAUUCUGCACCGUUGUAUCAUAAGGCUGUGAAGUUUUACGAGGGAAUUUCGAAGCAACUUGUGCAUCAAGGGCAUGUACUGGAUGUUUUUGCUUGUGCACUUGAACAGGUUGGCCUUGCUGAAAUUAAAGUUGCAAGUGAGAAAACUGGUGGACUUGUUGUUCUGGCAGAAAGUUUUGGCCAUAGUGUUUUCAAGGAUUCUCUGAAACAAGUUUUCCAGUCAGGUGGCAAUGAUCUUGGACUGUCAUCAAAUGGUAUUUUUGAGGUCAAUUGCUCUAAAGAUAUGAAAGUUCAGGGAGUUAUUGGUCCUUGUGCUUCACUUGAAAAGAAAGGUCCUUUGUGCUCUGAGGUUGUCGUAGGUCAGGGAAAUACAACAGCUUGGAAGAUGUGUGGUCUUGAUAAAACUUCAACAUUUUGUUUAAUAUUUGAAGUUGCCAAGAAGGAGAGCCCAGAUGCAAUUGCUCAAUCUGCCAAUUCACAGUUUUAUUUCCAGUUUUUGACAUAUUAUCAGCACCCUAGCGGACAAAUGAGAUUUCGGGUUACUACUCUUUCUAGAAGAUGGGUUGCUGGACCUGGAAGUGUACAGGACCUCAUUGCUGGAUUUGAUCAAGAAGCAGCUGCUGUGGUAAUGGCACGGCAAGUUUCUUUCAAAAUGGAAACCGAGUCUGAUUUUGAUCCCAUCAGAUGGCUGGAUAAGUCAUUGAUACAUAUAUGUUCUCGGUUCGGUGACUACCAAAAAGACACUCCAUCUUCUUUUACUCUAUCUCCUCGUUUUUCAAUAUUUCCCCAGUUUAUGUUUCACUUGCGGCGGUCUCAGUUUGUCCAGGUCUUUGGGAACAGUCCAGAUGAGACGGCAUAUUUUAGAAUGAUUCUGAACCGGGAAAAUGUUGCUAACUCAGUCGUGAUGAUUCAGCCCUCUUUGAUAUCUUAUUCUUUUCAUUCUGGUCCGGAACCAGUCCUCCUUGACGUGGCGGCAAUUGCUGCUGAUAGAAUCCUUCUUCUAGAUUCUUAUUUUACCAUUGUCGUAUUUCAUGGAUCAACUAUUGCUCAAUGGAGAAAAAUGGGAUAUCAUGAACAGCCUGAACAUCAGGCAUUUGCUGAACUAUUAAAAUCUCCUAGAGAAGAUGCAGAGGCCAUUAUUCGCGAAAGAUUUCCAGUACCACGUUUGGUCAUUUGCGAUCAAUAUGGAUCUCAGGCCCGUUUUAUGCUAGCAAAGUUGAAUCCUUCUGCCACAUACAACUCUGAUGCUCCUCCUAUUCCUGGUGGAGAUAUCAUAUUCACGGAUGACGUUAGUUUUGAGGUUUUCUUGGAUCAUCUGCAGCGGUUGGCUGUUCAUUAGAGUCCAUGACACAUCUUCAGAGUCUAUCAGUUAUAAGCGGAGAAUUUUGUAAACUUUUUAUAUUUGGAUUGAUUGUACAGCAAGACAAUUUGACAUUUAAUUUUGAAAAUCAUUUUUACAUGGCUUAGUUAUUUACAACAUCUUGUAAUGUUUCUGUAUUAUGAAAUCUCUGAGGUUUUGUUAGACAUCAAAGAAAAGAAAAAACUUGUAAACACUGGGGUGAGAACAUACAGCAAGUUGAUUCAAUUUAUUAGGGGCUGAGUUAUGUUAUUAAUUCAAAAUUAACUACUUGUACACGACAA